AUCCAUUCACAACAAUCUUCUCCGCUCCCUCCUUAGCCUCACUGCCUCGCUGGGGCGCUGUGUUCUUCCACACCACCACCCACCCCGCCCUCUCUCCCUCUCUCUCUCUCUGAGGGGAGAUGGCUCUAUUCUCCCCAUCCAUACUUCCUCUUUUCUUCCUCAAUUCCGACUGCACACAUAGUCUUUUGAAAUCGACUAAAGCCCACCUGCACGGUACCUCCAUCAUUUGCAGGGGCUCCCUUCCCCCGUGUUCGAGGCCCCAACCGUCUUUGGUCAUGCCUCUUGUAGCCCCCUCGCGGAACCCUUUUUGUUCCUCCCACUCGUCGUCCUCAUGUUCAUCGUCUUCUUCUACGUCCUCCUCUUUCUUGGUAGAGGAAUUCGACUUCGAUUCCGAAACGGAAGCAGAGCUACCAGACAGCGGGAUUGACGUGGAGGGAUCGCUGUGGGAGGGGGCAGUUGUGUACCGGAGGGACCCUUCCGUCACCCAUCUGGAGUACUGCACCACGCUGGAGAGGCUGGGGCUUGGCAGGUACUCUAGUGACGCCUCCCGGUCUAAGGCGUCGUCCAUGGGCAUCAGGGUCACGAGGGCCGUCAAGGAGUUCACAGACGGCACUGCCGUCCAGGUUUCCGUAGACGUCUCCCGGAGUGAAAAGAAGAAGGGAAAGCUCCGGCUUGACGGCAUUGUCCGCACCGUCAUCGCUCUCCCCUGCAACAGAUGUGCUGAACCUGCCGCUGAGUGCAUAUUUUCAAACUUCUCACUUUCUCUGACAGAAGAGCCCAUACAAGAGCACGAGCCAAACAACUGGUUGAUUAUUGGACAGGGUAAUUCCAAGACGUUUGAUGGCAAUGGUGAAGACGAUGAGGAAGAUGCUUUUGACUUGGAUGACGUGCUUCACUUUCCUGUGGAAGAUAGCGAAAUUGAUAUAUCCAAACAAAUUAGAGAUACAAUUCAUGUAGAGAUUAAAAUUACUGCUUUAUGUGAUCCUUCUUGUAAAGGGUUGUGCCUCAAGUGCGGCACAAACCUAAACAGGAGUACUUGCUCCUGUGGUGCACAGGGCGGGCAGGAAUCUGGUCCCCUUAGGGAUUUGAGAAGUAGGGUUGAAAAUCAACAAGGGUAGCUGGUUAUUGUAUUGUUGCUGCUUUUCCUUUACAUUUUACUGCUAUAUGAGAGUCGGGAUCUUUUGUAUCUUUUAAACAAUUCUUCAGCAAAGGAAUUCAAUGUUCAUAUUAA